AGGGUCGCGCCUGCGCUAGGGUGCCGCUCGGCUUCUCCGCGCCGCCGAGUAGCCGUUCUCGGCGGGUGCGCCCGCUGGCCUCGGUCGUCCAAGACCGGUUCUUCACUUGGGUCUGACUGAAGAGCCCCGACUCUUCUCCCAUCCUAAGACGAGAAAAGACUGGGAGAAAGAGCUGGCGUAACCAGGGCGACGUCUCCCAGCGGCCCUCCGAGCGCCCGGCCCGGCAGUUCAAAUUAAGGAAAACCUAUAUCCUUCUUUCUGUAAGCAGCAUCUAAUUGUGCAAAAGAUCAGUCAUGCAGCCGCCUCCCCAGGCAGCCCCAUCCGGUGUGGUUGGGCCACCUCCAGCUGGGACUCCUCAGAGCAUGUUCUGGUCCAACAGACCGUACAGGAGACAGGCAGAUAAUAACGCACCCGUGACUCCUAUAACUUGCCCACUGCAGCCGGUGACGGAUCCAUUUGCUUUUAGUAGACAGGCGCUACAAAAUACAUCGUUGGGCAGUUCGUCCAAAAGUAGCCCACCCAUUCUGCAAGGCCCAGCCCCUCUACCAGCAUUCCUUCAGCGCACCGGUCUGCCUGUGCCUCACACAAAUGCUGGGGAUACCCUCCAGGGACCGGUGUCACAGCCCAGAGCAGAUGGCAGUCUGUUUUCCAGUGUGUUGACCCCUUCAACUCCACCGGAGCCCGAGGUGAACAGGAGUGCCGAGGUUGCUCCCGGCUCAGAACCUGAAGUUCAGACCCUGCCAUAUCCUCAGUACAUUCCAGGAGCGGGUGUUGACAGUUCUCAUGGGGGCCAUCCUCACACGAACGUGCUUGGGCCCGAUAGGCCCCUGAGUAGGCAGAACCCACAUGACGGUGCUACAGCAUCAGCACCAUCCCCUUCCUUCCCUCAGCCUCGUCAGCAAAUGCCGGGGCAGUGGGGAGCAGGGCAGGGAGGCCCACAAUCCUCGGGUCAACAUUAUUGGCCCCGCCCAGAAGGACCUGUUCAGAACGCGGUGCCUCACGCCUCCAGCGUUUCUCACUUCCCUGCUCCGUCCAACCCGCAUCAAGGUCCUGGCCACGAGCAGCUCAACCCACUGGUGUGUUUGCCAGGACCCUUAGCCAGUGAUGGAAGCAACGAGGCGGCCUACCUACAAAGUGGAAACCAUUCAACAAACUUUGAUCCUGAAAAUGCGUUCAGGCAAAAUUCUAGAGCUGGGAAUACUCGGGCGAGCCAGGAGCUCAGGCCAAAUCCAGGAGUGAAUAAAGAGCAGUUGCCAGACCUCGCUCUCGUUAAUCCCCUCGCUCAGGGAAAUAGCCCAGAAAGCCAUUUGCACUACCCCCCAGGGGCCGGGACCAGCCGAGCCCUGUCAGAAGUGGACUCUGGGGCUCUCUCCAUGUUUUUCCAAGGUGGGGAAACAGAAAAUGAGGAGAAUCUCUCCUCUGAAAAAACAGGCUCUGCUGGUCAGUCUGACUUCGACGGCUUCUCCCCCAGCCCCGCACUUGGUCAUCCUCCUGCACAUGUGGGAGCAGGUGGCAUUUACCAGGCCUUUCCCAAAGGUUGCAACAAUGAGGCCGCGCAGCAGGGAGGACUCCCACAACCUUACUUUUCUCAGUCUGCAGGCGCCCAGCCUGACCGGCCCCCGGCAGCAAGCACCACCACUGUGUGGGGUAGCACAGCAAGUGCAGGGGUGCACGCGGCCAGCAGCUCGCAGUCUGAGAAUGUGGAAGACCUAGAAUUCAUUCAGAAUCAGGAAGUUCUGCCAAGUGAGCCCCUGAGUUUGGACCCUUCCUCCCCAAGCGAUCCGGUCAGAUACGGGCCCCUUCCUGGGCCAGCCGUCCCCAGGCUUGGUGGUGUGGGCCACACUGGAGGUGGGGGUCCAAAUCUCGAGGCCCCGGAUUCGUCGCCGCACCCUGUGCGGUCUGAUGGUGCGUCAUCCGGUUACAGCAGCAAGAGCCACAGGAAUCUCCCGAGUGCCGCCGGGCCCCAAGACGUAGGCACUUUCAUUCAGCAGGAAGUUGGAAAACCUGAAGAUGAGUCUUCGGGGAGUUUUUUUAAGCAAAUUGAUUCUUCUCCUGUGGGAGGAGAGACAAAGGAGACCACCAUGAGUCAGAAUCACCACAGUGGCCUGUCCCAGCCCUCAACCCCGGGCCCCCCGAAACCCACUGGGAUAUUUCAGACAAGUGCAAAUAGUUGCUUUGAACCAGUGAAAUCCCACUUAGUUGGAGUAAAACCUGUCGAGGCCGAUCGUGCCAACGUGGUGGGUGAGGUGAGAGCGGCCACUGCCCACCAGAAGCAGCACAGAGCCGUUGCUGCCGCACCCGACACCUCCCCCGGCAACCUGGAGCAGCCGCCGGACAACAUGGAGACCCUGUUCACACUCCAGGUCUGUUCUCCACCCUUUCCCGUACCUGUGGAGCCUGGGCACGGGCUCGUGCACACCGGGGGGCUGCCCUUGGAAACUGUGCUCCUGACAGUGGAGAAAGGGCCUUUGGCCAGAGCCCAGGGAGCUGUGAAGUGUGAGAGCCCAGUGACGACGUUGUGGGCACAGAAUGAGUUGCCAGAUUUUGGAGGCAAUGUUCUUCUAGCCCCAGCUGCUCCUGCGUUGCACAUGCCUGUGAAACCCCAGCCGUCGGAAGUGAUUCAGCCUCCAGAUGAGGGCGUGUCCACGCUGCAGUCCCAGCAGCCGGGCUCCGGCCUCUCUCUGCCGAGUGGGGACAGCAUCUGCGCUUCUGAGAACCUCGAGAAUCCUCCCAAGAUGGGAGAAGAGGAGGCCCUCCCGUCACAGGCAAGUUCCGGCUAUGCCAGUCUGUUGUCCUCACCGCCCACUGAAUCUUUGCAGAAUCAACCAGUCUUGAUUGCCCAGCCUGAUCAAAGCUAUAAUUUGGCUCAGCCCAUUAAUUUUUCUGUGUCCUUAUCUAGUCCUAAUGAGAAGAAUCAGCCCUGGAGAGAUGCUGUGGUCGGGGAUAAGCCCUCGGCAAGCAGCCGGGCUGUGGGGGGGGACUCUGGAGAUGGUGCUGCUGUGUCUGGGAUCACGGCCGGCUCUCUCACCCGCUCGCCUCUGCCGAACAGUCUCAUGCACAGUAGUUUUCCACAAGUUCCUGGUACUUCGGAAAUAGUUUCUAAUCAGCCUGCUAAUUUGCUGGUUCAGCCACCGCCUCAUCCAGUUCCAAAGAAUUUGCUUUCAGAAAGCCAAAAGAUUGAUAAUGCAGAGAACGUUCUUCCCGAGUUGGUUAGUAGCCCUGCUGGAAGCGCAGGCGUGACGUUAGUGCCCCCUGCAAACGCUACCUCAGUACCUGCUGGUAAUAAGGCAGAUUACUCCAGUCAUCGGGAAGAAGCUUCUGGAGCCCUAGACUUCACACUAAAUAGGACUUUGGAAAAUCCUCUACAAAUGUAUAGCCCAUCCCAUUCUGACAGCUCUGCGGGUCAGCACACCGUCAGCAGUCACCCGAGACAACCUGGGCCCGGGCCACGUAACUCAGACCAUUUCUACCAACAGGUGACAAAAGGCGCUCAGGACCAGCGUGGCCUAGAGAGAGCCCAGCAGGAGCCAGCACCGCCUCUUCCACAAGGGCCCAAAGCAACGUGUCCAGAACCUUCAAACCCAGGAAGUCCACCCUUGCAGGGACAGUCCCAAAACUUGGUCCCACCACCCGCAAGCCCAGCUCCGGGCGACACAGGCCAGCCGCUGCCGGCCCGGCCACCUCGGCCCUCCAGCGCAUCAGUCAUGUCCACCAGCUCGAGCCAGGCAGCCGUGCAGUCGGACCAGCACUGGCCGCAGCCGCCGCCUCCGGAUUUGGCAUCUUACUACUAUUACAGACCCCUGUACGACGGCUACCAGUCCCAUUACCCCUCGCCAUACCCGCUGGAGCCUGGCACAGCCCCCCUCUAUUACCAGGACGUCUAUGGCCUGUACGAGCCCAGGUUCAGGCCCCACGACAGUGCGGCAUCUGCCUACGCUGAGAGCUACCGCUACGCCGGCCCUGAGCGACCCAGCUCCCGAGCAAGUCACUGCUCAGACCGGCCAUCUGCCAGGCAAGGGUACCCCGAAGGUUACUACAAUUCCAAAAGUGGAUGGAGCAGUCAGAGUGACCACUAUGCAGAUUAUUACUCCGGCCAGUUCGACUACGGAGACCCAGGUCGCUGGGACCGGUACCACUAUGGUUCCAGAUUCAGGGAUCCCCGCACCUGUGACCGGAGGUAUUGGUAUGAUGCUGAAUACGAUGCAUACAGGAAAGAAAACUAUGCUUAUGGCGACAGGCCGGAGAGGUACGAUGACCCCUGGAGGUACGACCCUCGCUUCACUGGCAGUUUCGAUGACGACCCUGAGCCCCACAGGGACCCUUACGGGGAAGAGGUGGACAGGCGCAGUGUGCACAGCGAGCGCUCAGCCCAGAGCCUGCGCAGCAGCUUCAGCUCCCACUCGCAUCAGAGUCAGAUUUACAGAAAUCACAGUGUGACUGCUGUUCCCUAUGAGGCCCCACACCCCCCCGGCUCCUUGCCUGGCCAGUAUGCCUACGGCGCCUACGGCAGCAAUUUCAGCAGUGCCCAGGGCUUCCCAGAGUACGGUUAUCCUGCCGAAGCUGGCUGGCCUACUGCGGAGCGAGCUCCAUCAAGACCAACUUCUCCUGAGAAGUUCUCAGUGCCUCAUGUCUGUGCCAGGUUCGGUCCUGGGGGUCAGCUCAUUAAAGUGAUUCCAAAUCUGCCUUCGGAAGGACAGCCUGCAUUGGUUGAAAUUCACAGCAUGGAGACCUUGCUGCAGCACAUGCCGGAGCAGAAGGAGCUGCGCUCGUUCCCAGGACCACUCGGCAAAGAUGACACCCAUAAAGUGGAUGUUAUUAAUUUUGCACAGAACAAAGCUACAAAAUGUUUGCAGAAUGAAAAUUUAAUUGACAAAGAGUCUGCAAGUCUCCUUUGGAGUUUCAUUGUUCUCUUGUGCAGACAGAAUGGGACCGUGGUGGGAACAGACCUCGCGGAGCUUUUGUUACGAGACCACAAAACCGCGUGGCUUCCUGGGAAGUCACCCAACGAGGCCAACCUGAUUGAUUUCACUAACGAGGCCGUGGAGCAAGCGGAGGAAGAGGAGUCCGGGGAGGCCCAGCUCUCGUUUCUCACUGACAGCCAGGCAGCCGGCAGCAGUGCCCUUGAAAGGGAGACCGAGAGGUUCCGGGAGCUGUUGCUAUAUGGCCGCAAGAAGGAUGCUUUAGAGUCUGCCAUGAAAAAUGCCUUAUGGGGUCAUGCUCUGUUACUUGCAAGUAAGAUGGACAGCCGGACACACGCCCGCGUCAUGACCAGGUUCGCCAACAGUCUUCCAAUCAACGACCCUUUGCAGACAGUGUACCAGCUGAUGUCGGGGCGGAUGCCUGCUGCGUCCACGUGUUGCGGAGAUGAGAAGUGGGGAGACUGGAGGCCACAUCUUGCUAUGGUUUUGUCCAACCUGAGCAGCAACGUGGAUGUGGAGUCCAGGGCGAUGGCCACCAUGGGUGACACUCUGGCUUCAAAAGGUCUCUUAGAUGCUGCACACUUUUGCUACCUCAUGGCCCAGGUCGGGUUGGGGGUUUAUACAAAGAAAACCACAAAACUCGUCUUACUUGGAUCGAACCACAGUUUGCCGUUUUCAAAGUUUGCGACCAAUGAAGCUAUUCAGAGGACAGAAGCCUAUGAAUAUGCCCAGUCUCUUGGGGCACAGACCUGCUCCUUCCCCAAUUUCCAGGUGUUCAAGUUUAUCUACUCCUGCCGCCUGGCUGAAAUGGGGCUGGCCACACAGGCCUUCCACUACUGCGAGGUGAUUGCCAAGAGCAUCCUGCUGCAGCCGCACAAGCACUCACCCGUGCUCAUCAGCCAGCUGGUUCAGAUCGCGUCCCAGCUGCGGCUCUUCGACCCGCAGCUGAGAGAGAAGCCGGAGGAGGAGGCCUUUGUUGAGCCCGCCUGGUUGGUCCAGCUGCAGUGUGUGGACAAGCAGGUCAAGGAGGGCGCCACGGCAUGGAGUCGGGACGGGACCUUCCCCCAGCGCUGUCCCAGCACCCCAAGCUCCGAGGCGGGGCAGUACGACGGGCCAGCGCCCACCCAGCCCGGGGGCCCGGGCACCGGCAAUCCGCUGCUGGCACCGCCUGGGCCCAGUGCUGAGCACUUGGGCCAGGGGGUGCGGCUGCUGCCUUCAGCUCCGCCGGCCCGCCCCGACAGCCAGCCGGCCCUCCCCGCCAGGGUGCCAUUGUUCCCGGUGCCCCCACCCCCAGGCCCUGUUGAGCUGGGGCCUGGCUGUGGAUCCCCAGGGGCUGCCCUUGGCUUUCCAGAGCCCUCUGGGCCUGACCCUGCAGCUCCGUACGCGGGGCCUGGCCUGCCACCUGGUGCACCAUCUCUACAGGAAAGUGAGCACACGCCCCAGGAGGCCAGGAGCCAGGACCCAGGGGUGAUGGCACCGGAGGCGCUUGGGAGAAACUCGCUUCUGGAGCUGAGAGACGAGGGUUUUGGUGGAAAUUUUGCUCAUCUGGGCUCCUCCAGGAUGUCGCAGGGCUCUGAGGCCCCCCCGGGUUGGGAGCGUGCCAGCUCCAGUUCCAUGCAGCCGCCAGCAGCCGCUCCUGACGUGAAGAGACCUGCGCCAGCUGCCAGGAGAGAGGCCAAGGAGCCCAAGAAGAGUAGUGAAUCCUGGUUCUCUCGUUGGCUUCCUGGGAAAAAAAGGACCGAAGCUUACUUGCCAGACGACAAGAACAAAUCGAUCGUCUGGGAUGAAAAGAAGAACCGAUGGGUGGAUGUAAAUGAGCCAGAGGAGGAGAAGAAGGCUCCACCCCCACCACCAACCUCGCUCCCCAAGGCUCCGCUCGCUGCACCCCCCGGGCCUGGAGGGCCCCCGAGGGCCGCUGUGAACAUGUUUUCUAGGAAAGCAGCUGGAGCCAGAGCACGCUACGUGGAUGUUUUAAACCCCGGGGGGCCCCAGCGGAGUGAACCAGCUCUUGCUCCUGCUGAGUUUUUUGCUCCUCUUGCCCCACUCCCGAUUCCUGCUCACUUGUUCGGACCAAACCCAGACGCAGAGGAAGCCCCCCCUGCAGAGGGGGCCAGCAGGGAAGGGCAGGCGCCUGCAGGGGGUCCAGCCAACCUAGAGCCGGCCUCGGAGCCCCAGGCGUUCGGCUCCUCGGCGUCGCUCCCCGGCCCUGAGCUCCCACCCACCCGUGAGGACAGUUCCCAGGGAGGAGAGGCUUCCAGUGCCCACCCCCCUGCAGGGGCCGCUCCCGGGGCAGCCGUGCCCUUCUACAGCCCUGCUCAGUUGGCACAGGUCUCGGCCCCCUCGGGAGGCGCAAGGAUGGGGAGGAUUGGGCAGAGAAAAUACCCGGCGUUGAGCUAGAAGGGUCCGCGUCCCGGAGUGUAGCAUCUGGAACCCUGAAAUCAUUAUUAUGCUCCCCCGAGAGCUCCGACGGGUCACCUGCAACAUCCCCGUGUUCCCGAGUGGGCACAGGAGUGACCCCCACCGUGAUCGUACCUGUUCUUCCUCCCCCCCCCACCGUCUGUGAAGGGCGGCCAGGGCCAGGUGCACAGCUCCUGUACGAGGCUGCCCCAGACGGGGAGCUCUUUGCUCCUUCGUUCACCCAACAGUGAUUUAAGGGUAAAACAGUCUCAGUUGUGGAAGAGCGUUGUGCUGGGCGAGGCUGGAGGCAUCUUGGCUGCAGGAAAGACUUUGCUCUUGAGGAACCCAGGUGUCUCUGCAAACCUAACCGUUCCUUAUGCGCCCCCCCCCCCCCCCCCCGCCAAGGGUUCUUUAAAACGCUGAGUGAAGAGCGAGCCUUGGGGCCAGGAGAGGCCCCACUGCCUGCCUGGCGGCCCUGGGAGGUCCUUUCUGCGUCAGAGUCCUCAAGGAACUGUGGACUCGGUUUAGCGAGAAUUCGGUUAGCUUUCUGAGAGAGGCCCGAGUCACUGAAGUGCAUCUCUGUCCGGUAGCAGAGACAUCUCCAGCUGCUUCUUUGUGUCCCAUGCGACCCAGGGGCCUGGCUUUGCCCGUCCACGAGAGGCGGUCCUGCCUCUGACAGCUGCGUCCCACACGGGACUGGUCCCCAUGGACCCACCAGUACUAAAACUGUCACUGUAACAGAUUGGAUUUGGGUUUUUCCAGGCUGUGAAUAGCCUGAUCAGACUCCUCGUCAGAGAACCGUGAGGGGCUGCCACGACCUGUGUGUGAUCAUCGACCCUGUGCUCGGUCGUGACUGGUCUUCACGGCGCCAUCCACUUGCCUUGCUUUCUCUCGCCUGACGUCCUCUCGGGUCGGUGACAUCUUGAAGAGGGCGGAGACGACUUUGCUGACACGUGCUCCGAGUCUGAGGCCCUGCCUCCGUUCUCCCACACCAGAUCUUCCGCCGGUCGUGUGCCGACCACCAGCCACCUGAAACCACAAAGGGAGAGCCCUCCCCCCGGACUCCAAGCUUUACGGCUUCAUCGACUGUUCUGAAAAUUACUCACAUUCUUGUUAGCUCUGAAGAAACUGCAGAAAAGAUUUAAAUAUUUAUAAGAAUCAUUAGAAAAUAAUUUCUGUAGGUUCUGCUGGGGAACGUAGUUUGGUAUUUUAAAUCUAAGUGCAGAAAUGGUAUAACUGUGGAAUUCGCGCAGGCCUCCCGUUUCCCUGGGGCCCUGGGUCAUCUAGGAAGGGUCACCCACGUGCACGUCUGGGUACAUGACCCCUGUCACUUUGAGAGAGGCCGGGGCGGUUGCCCGGGCAGCAGCCUCUGUGUCCCUUGGUCCAAACUCAGUGGGGUCCUGGGACCCCAGACCCUCCGGGCACCCCCCAGCUUCCUCCACCUGGCCUGCCCGCCGUUGCCUGCGCCGACUGCCAGCAACUUUUGAUUCAAGAAGCUCCCUCCCAGGCCAGGCGGGAGCUGCUAUUUUUCCUAGAUGCAAAUUGUUACACUGCAAAUUGGUAAAUAAAGUAUUUUGCGCUCGCAAG